UUUGCUGUGAAUCUAAAUUAAAAUGAGUGUUUCGUGCGUGCUGGUGCUGUUUCUGAGUGUUUGUCUUGUCCGAGGUGGAGCUCAGACGGUUCAGGUCUUCGUGGUUCCUCACAGUCACAUGGACGUUGGCUGGGUUUACACUGUACAGGAAAGUAUGCACGCAUACGCCGCCAACGUUUACAACAGUGUGACCGAAGAACUGUCGAAGGCCAAGCAUCGCCGGUUCAUCGCAGUGGAACAAGAGUUCUUUCGACUGUGGUGGGACACUGUGGCCACGGACAAACAAAAACAACAAGUUCAGCAGCUUGUGGAAGAAGGUCGACUGGAGUUCAUUAUUGGGGGCCAAGUGAUGCACGAUGAGGCUGUGACUGAUAUCGAGGAUGAGAUAUUGCAGAUGACAGAGGGCCAUGGAUUCCUCUAUCAGACAUUUGGAGUGCGUCCUCAGUUCUCGUGGCACGUGGAUCUGUUUGGAGCGUCUGCCACCACGCCCGUACUGUUUGCCCUGGCCGGGUUCAAUGCCCACCUCAUCUCUCGCAUUGACUAUGACCUAAAAGACACCAUGCAGAAGAAGAAGAAACUGCAGUUUGUAUGGAGAGGGUCUCACUCCCUGAGAGAGCACCAGGAGAUCUUCACUCACACGAUGGACCAGUUUAGCUACUGCACUCCAUCCAAGCUGCCGUUCUCCAACAGCUCUGGGUUCUACUGGAAUGGUGUGGCCAUGUUCCCCGACCCCCCUAAGGAUGGCAUUUACCCCAACAUGAGCCUACCCAUCACCAAGGAGACAGUACACGCAUACGCCCAGACCAUGGUGGAGAACAUAAAGCAGAGAGUGGAGUGGUUCAGGACUAAUAACGUGCUCUGGCCAUGGGGCUGUGACAAACAGUUCUACAACUCCUCGGUGCAGUUCAGCAACAUGGACCCACUGAUGGACUACAUCAACCAGAACAGCAAAGCCUGGGGGGUGACAGUCCAGUACGCCACUCUGAGUGAAUACUUCCAAGCUGUCCACCAGUCAGGUCUCAUCUGGGAGGUUCGAGGGAGCGAAGACUUUCUACCAUAUUCCACCGAACCGUACCAGGCCUGGACCGGGUUUUACGCCUCCAGGAAUGUUCUGAAAGGAAUGGCACGACACGCCAGCUCUCUGCUGCAUGCGGCAGAGACUCUUUACACUCAGUACCGAAUCAGUUUCCCUGAUGGACCCGUGUCCAAAACCUGGGGACUGGACCAACUCCGAGCGUUGCGUUGGGCCGUGUCCGAGGUCCAGCACCACGAUGCCAUCACGGGCACAGAGUCUCCAAAGGUGGCAGAUAUGUACCUUCAGCACCUCAUGAGGGCCAUGUUGGGGGUGGAGAAACUCAUGAUGACGCUCUUUCUGCUUCCACAUAACUUUGGCACCACCAGUGCCCCUGACAGUCAAAAUCAGGGUCGCCAGCUGGGUUUGGAGCAGCAUUUCUUUGUCUACAACCCUUUAGCCUGGAACGUCACCACAAUCAUUAACGUCACGGUCACAUUUCCUGGUGCCGCAGUCUUUGAUGAAGCCAGGCAGCCUGUACCUGCACAGAUCCAGAGGUCAGCACAGUCCAAUCUCACCUUUGACCUGUUCUUCGUGGUUGAGCUGGGGGGUCUCCAACACAGGAAGUACUUGAUUAUGCUUUCUGAGGAGCUGUGCUCCAGGAGGUCCAAGUGUCUCUGGACUUACGAAGCAAAGGGAGCUCGGUAUGAGAGGCGCAGCACCCAGAACCGGUCCAGAAGGAGGCUCCUGCCUGUUCUGACUGAAUGUUAUGAGCUGAUGUUGGACCAGGACACCAACCUCCUGCACAGUAUCACUUAUCUUUCAGAGAAACGCACAGUGAGGAUGACCCAGGAUUACUAUGAGUACCGGGCAAACGGAGAUGUAAAAGUGGGUCCCAUCUCUGAUAACUACAUCUUCACUGCGAACGGUUCGGCUGUGCGGGCCUACAAGGCUGUGGAGAUGGAGGUUAUCCCGGGAAAGAUCCUGUCCGAGAUCCGGCAGUACUUCUACAGAGAGGAAAGCGAUGAGGACUACGCUUACUCCAUCACCACUCGUAUCCCAGAAGGCUUUGGGAGCAGAGUGCCAUGUCAUAGGCUGGAGCAGACCUACUCACUGGGUCCGCUCUGUGUCAACACGGAGGUGGUCCUCAGAACGACCAGCUCCUUGAACAACAAGCGAACCCUUUACACUGACAACAAUGGAUACCAGAUGAUGAAGAGGACCUACCGCACCUUCACUAACAACACCAUAGCAAGAAACUACUUCCCAAUGGUUCGGGCAGCAUACAUUGAGGACAACCUCAGCCGACUGGUGCUCCUUAGUGACCGAGCACACGGCGUGUCCAGCCAAGAUGACGGACAACUAGAGGUUAUGCUCCAUCGGCGCCUUUGGAAUAACCUGCCCUGGAACCUCGGAUACAACCUGACCCUCAACGACAGCUCGGUGGUACGUCCAACCCUGUGGAUGAUUCUGGGCUCCCUCGAUGCCACGACCAAACUCUACCACAGGGAGGCUGUAGAGGUGCAGCACAGACCUGUAGUCCAGCUCGUAGACUGGCCUUAUGAGCCUUGGCUAAAGCAGGAAGUCCAAAGUUCUUCCAUGCGUCCGGUGGUGCUGCCCUCCAACCUGCACCUGCUCAGCUUCAGCAUCCCCGGGUGGAACUACAGUUCCAAAAGAGACGCCCAUCUCGGCCACACGGACUCAGAGCCGGACUAUGAUCGCGUCCUUUUGAGAAUCCUGCAUCUCUUUGAGGAGGGUGAAGAUCCUGAGCUUUCCAAACCAGUGACCAUAAACAUGAAGGAGGUUCUGCAGGGCUUGGGGGAUGUGACGGAGGUGCAGGAACGUUCCCUCACAGGAACCUGGGAUAUCUGCAGUCUGCAGAGGUGGAAGUGGAAGACAGCAGAUAACUGUCAGACAUGGAACACAACAUGUGGAAGAUGUGAUGAUCAAUCCUUCAACGUGACCAUCUCACCCAAAGAGAUCAGGACCUUCUUCAUUCACUUCAGCUCCACAAACUUCUAGACCAAACAAUAAAUUUCUAUCUUCAGUGAAGACAGAAAAACUUUAAAUGUGGAUGAAAUUUAUUUUAUUUUAUUUUAUUACCCGUUGGCCAUCAAAAUAUG